CGGGCAGAGGGAGUUACGUGAAAUGGAGAAAAAUGGCGGAUCAUGUGCAGGGCCUUGCCCAGCUUGAGAUCCUGUGCAAGCAGCUGUAUGAGACCACUGACACAGUCGUCCGACACCAGGCAGAGAAAGCUCUGGUAGAAUUCACCAACAGUCCCGACUGUCUCAGCAAAUGUCAGCUCCUGCUGGAACGAGGCAGUUCAUCGUACUCUCAGCUGCUUGCCGCCACCUGUUUGUCUAAACUGGUAUCUCGAACCAGCAACCCUCUGCCCCUUGAGCAACGCAUUGACAUUCGAAACUAUGUAUUAAAUUAUCUGGCAACGCGGCCAAAGCUAGCAGCCUUUGUGACUCAGGCCUUGAUCCAACUUUAUGCCAGGAUCACCAAACUGGGCUGGUUUGACUGCCAGAAGGACGAAUAUGUCUUCAGGAACGUCAUUGGAGAUGUGACGCGCUUCCUACAGGAUAGCGUUGAGCACUGCAUAAUCGGAGUUAUGAUUCUGUCCCAGCUGACCAACGAGAUCAAUCAGGCCGACACUACGCAUCCUUUGACCAAGCAUAGGAAGAUAGCAUCAUCCUUCAGAGAUUCCUCCCUCUUUGACAUUUUCACUCUCUCCUGCAAUCUUCUCAAACAGGCUUCAGGGAAAAACCUCAACCUGAACGAUGAGUCUCAACAUGGCCUGCUCAUGCAGCUGUUGAAGCUCAGCUACAACUGUCUCAACUAUGACUUCAUAGGAACUUCAACAGACGAGUCCUCAGACGACCUGUGCACUGUACAGAUCCCCACCUCCUGGAGAUCAGCGUUCCUUGAUUCCUCCACCCUGCAGCUCUUCUUCAAUUUAUAUCAUUCCAUCCCGCCGUCCCUGUCGCCGCUGGUAAGUCGACACGUGCAGCACAGCAAUCACAUCUCUUUGUUUCUGUACCCGGCCUACAGACAAGAACUCAAGCAGUCGACCCCUGUCACCAGACAGGUUAAACUAUGGACACCAGAGGCUGAGAACACUCUACAGGGCUGUUUUGCCACAACUGACUGGGAUGUUUUCAGAGCUGCAGCCACCCGAGAGGACUCCUCCGUCAGUAUAGAAGACUAUGCUGAGUAUGUGACUGGGUAUAUCAGCACUUGUGUUGAGAACAUCGUACCCACCAUACAAGUGAGGAAGUUCCCCAACCAGAACCCCUGGGUAAACAGACAGGUGCUGCACUUGCUGCGUACUUGCACUGCUGCUUUUAGAUCUGGCAACGAAGCCGAGUACAAGGCUGCGCAGUACAGAGUGGAGAAGGCCAUAAGAGCGGCCAAGAGACAGCACAGAGAGAAGACGGAGGACUUCUACUCUAACGCUGACCCCAGGAGAAUGUGGCAAUGUCUGGAUCACAUCACAGACUUCAGGACCAGCUCCAGAACCACCACAAUCAGCUUGUCGGACAGCCUGCCAGACGACCUCAAUGGCUUCUACACCCGCUUUGAGAGCCCCAUCCCCACCACCUCUAUAGAAUAA